ACAGCAAAUUUGCCACGGAGCAAAUAAAAUGUAUCUACUUAGGGGUACCCAGACAAGGGAUUUUGACGCUGGCUCUUUUCUUAUACUUUAUAACAGUACAAAGAAAGAAAACAACCUUCCCGCCGGAGGAACCUGGUCCGUUGUGCUAGUAUCAGUAGAGGAUAUCAUCAAGAGGCGUCGUGCGUGCUGGCACGUUCAGGUAUACUACUGGGGCUGAAAUAUCGAAGGUCGCAGCAGCCUCUGAAAACGGUCCGAAAUCUGCGCCGGAACCAAGCGGAACCCAACACUUGUCACAGCGGUGCUCACCACCACGGACCGCAAACCCCUCAACUGCGGGUUGUCAGCAGUAGCUGGUGGCAUCAGCUACUGCUGUAAACCUGCAGUUCAGAAGAUUGGGUUCAGUGGCGGCGAGCACAAGCAGUACAAGACACUGGGUGUCGAUCUAACUUGCGGAGAUUUGCGGAGAUUGUGGGCCACUACAACGACACUCGAUACCACCACCACAGAAGAAGUUUUGAGCGCGCCAACACACCCCCCCGCUGCUAUAGGGUGUCCUCUAGUGAUAUUGGUGUAAUGGACCAGGUUCCUAGCAACACCGGCCUUAUUUGAGCGCCUUCCGUUUGGGCUCUUUUGACUUGAAUUUAGACUAGUGUGGAUUUUUAUCUUGGUUUCAAAGGAUGCGUGUGGAGGCCUGUGCUUGUCUUUUGUUUGUCGCGAGCUACAUAGCCGCCACAAAGCCAGGAUGGCUUCUGCGCUACACACAGUACGGCAUGUUUCCUGGCGGACCAGGACCAGUUCAUGCUCCCUGCUUGAAGCUGUAGGGAUGACUCCUUGUCGAUGUGCGAACGCGACGACGUCUGCGUCGAAACAUCAAUGCGGCGUACCUUCCCGAAGUGCAACAUACCACGUCAACCCCAGCAGUGCCAGCAGUGCUGCCAUCAGCAAGGUUCUUCCCCUGGGCAGAACCGUACCGAAGCAACAACGCCACUACUGCUGUUCCUUGCCGCGCAACCGCCCUGUAGUGUGUGAUCAUUCGCCCGGGCAGAGCCCCGCUGCUUUGGCACACUCGUUUUACGAUGCAGCUGCUGGGAUGACGAGAAGCGGGAGGAUUGGGCAGCGCUGCAGCACCGCUUCUGUUGGUUCCAUCCGAAAAUUCGGAGGGCAGAGCGUUGUACCGUGGGAGUUGGCGCUCUUUCUCGUGGACGAGAUGAAGGGGGAGAUGGUUCAGCCAGGUGCUGUGGUGUAUACGGCCGCGCUGGCCGAGUGCCGAUGGGCGGGGGAACAACGACACGUGGAUUAUAUCCUCAAGGAGAUGAAAGCGGAGGGACUGAACAUUGUGCCAGGCAUUCCAGGGGCGACAAAUGACGAUCCGCCCCCUUCACAAUCACCACCACUAUUCGGAAAGCUUCCCGAACCACCGCCCAACAGCGCCACGCCGCAACACCAGCCAGGAACCGGAGGACCAGAUCAACAUGCCGCUGCUGCUGCGGUCGUCGAGAAGAUGCAAGAAGCGGCAAGGACAGCGGAGGCCGCCCUCGCCACGGUGGAGACGAUGUGGGCGAGAGCGCAACACGACCCGUCCCCGGCGACGUGUCGGGCGGCGCUCGACGCUUGCGCGGCGGGCGGGCAGUGGGAGCGUGCGCUGUCGUUGGUUCGGGAUGCUGCUGCGGCAGUAACGGUGUCGGCCGGGCCCGGCGCAAGCGUCCCCAGCGACAGGACAGAAGGAGAGGAGGGCGGUGUUCCUGGGAGGGUGGAGGCUCUGGCGCUCGAGGGAAGGUGGGAUGACGCGCUCCUGUUGGUGCAGGGGAAGGCGUGUUCGUCUGAGGGUGGGGGCGAUGGCGUCGAGGAGGGGAACCGAUAGCCUCAGGUGGCCUUGACGAAGGGUAGCUCUCCGCGGGCGGCAAAAUGAAAGGGUUAUGUAGAUACCCCUGUGAUGUGCGUGGUUGCUGGUCGGGCGGCCGAGGGAGGCUGAGAGGAAUGCUCGGAAGGAGUCUCUCAUGUUGCAACCUCGAGGGCGCCCGCCCCGACGUGCAGCUGAUCCCCAGAUUGGGGUAUUUGUUUCGAUUUGAUGGGGGAGUGGAGGGGUCAAGCACUGGAGCACCGGAAGGAUUAAAUCCUUUCGUGGCGAUUAUGGCUGGCCUCCUUAUCAUCGACGGGUGGAAGCUUCUCGUGUUCGAUUCCCCGUUGAAUCGCGACGGGUGGGGCUGGUACGUUAAAUCGCGCAUUUCUGUCUGCACAUCGAUGCAGACGGCACGAACCUUCGGUUGUCUUGUGUAUCACUCCAGUUGCACACACUGGUAGCGAAUAAGGUCAGGCUGCUUGAUGAACUUUGCAUGGAAAGGGGUAUUGUGAUUGUGGAGGGGAAAUGCUUAUUUCGGACGAAUGCAACAACGAGAGAGAAUGCGACGAAACAGCUGGUGAC